AUGGAGAGCACAGAUGAGUCCGAAGACAAUCUCCGAGAGAGCCGACAGAGCCCUGAAGUAGACCAAGACUUUGUAGCUCCACCACAACGCGUCUCGCAAAUCGAUCUGGUCACAUAUCUGUCCUUUCUCCGGUCGCUUGAUGAUGAACAUUUGAUAGAACAUAUUAACUCAUGUAGCCAGCUGAAGGACCAUAGCCAAAUUACAGCCAGUAUCCAUGAUUCGAAGUUAAUUGCUUCAUCACCGAGAACAAACCGUGUUGAGCGCCAGCUCAGUCUUGACGAACACAAUUUCUCGAGUGUGAGUACAGACCCAUUCGAUGAUGAUCUAGAUUCCCAGCUUCUUGGGGCUUCGACUCCUACAAGAGCGACUGCGAACCCUAAUGAUGACAGUGCAGACGCAUACCCUGAUGACGAGCAGAAUAAUACGGUAGGAGAAAUUCACGCAUUUGGAGACUAUGCCACUUACUUCCGGACCAAGCAUCUCAAGCAGCAGAAAGAAGACGAAGAGUACAUUAAGUGGGACCUUAAAAGAAGAGCCCAACUCAACGGUGGAAGGGCAGUAGCUGUAAAACCGAUAUUUGAAGGUUGCAUUGUUUAUGUGAAUGGACACACCAAUCCUUCUAUCAAUGAGAUCCAUCGUCUUAUCAUUGUACACAGUGGGAAAUUCAUUAGUUAUUUGUCUAAUAAGGGAGCAGCAACUCAUAUCAUUUGCGAUAGACUUACACCAAAGAAGAAAGUUGAAUAUCGCAAUUACAAGGUGGUUAGAGCGCAAUGGGUGGUAGAUUGUGUUGCCUCAAAUGAGCUAUUAGACUGGACUCAAUACAGAUUGAUUCUGGAAAUAGAGUACGGUCAGAAAAGACUACAAUUUGGUGAUUCUCCUACACGACAUUCUGGAUCUGACUCUGUUACGCCAUCCAAUGAGUCAGAUCUGGAACUCGCCAACUCCAUGGCUGAUAACAACGAAGAUCCUCUUUUAGAGGAACUCGAGGACGACUUCAUUGAGCCCAUAGAACCUUCUGGGUCUAAUGACGUAGGUUCCAAAGGCGAAAAGAAGAUAAUGGAUGCUAAACACCCCGAGUUCUUGAAACAUUUCUUUGCAAAUUCACGACUUCACCAUCUAAGUAUGUGGAAGGCUGAUCUUAAAUUGAGAUUCUUAAGAAGGAUUGUCAAAGAAAACAAAAGUGGUGAAACCAAACGCACCUCGCAAGGUAUAAGGGUAAUUUUUCAUGUAGACUUCGACUGUUUCUUUGCAACAGCUUCCUGUUUGAAUCGCCCGGAACUUGAUAUCAAUAAGGACCCAAUAGCAGUUACACAUGGUGGCAAGUCAUCUGAUGUGGCUAGUUGUAAUUAUGUGGCUAGGAAUUUUGGAGUCAAAAAUGGAAUGUGGGUAAGUCAGGCAAAGAAGUUGUGUCCGAAUUUAAUCAUGUUGGACUAUGACUACAAAAGAUAUGAAAGCUAUUCCAGUGAGUUUUACAAUUACUUCUUAUCGUAUGAUAUAUUUGAUUCUAUAUUCCCCGUGCUGAUUGAUGAAGUGUUGAUAGACGCUUCGAGUCAUUUUGCUCAGAACGAAGAGAACCUAGUCGACAUGGUCAAUGCGUUGAGCACUCGGAUUCGAGAUGAUAUAUUCAAGUUUACCAAAUGUUCAGUUAGUGUCGGUGUAUCACGAAACGUCAUGCUUGCCAAGCUUGCCCUCAGAAAAGCAAAACCAAAUGGACAAUUCUUUCUUUAUGAGGGCGUUGACGAAUUUUUAGACCUGAUUUCUGUUAAAUCUUUGCCCGGGAUUGGAAGGAGCAUCCAAGAACGGCUUGCUGACGUUCUUAAUCAACCCAAAACAAUGGAUAUUUAUAUCCGUGAUUUAAAAGCUUUUUCAAAGACCAAAUUGAUUUCCAUUUUAGGAGACAAGACAGGCGUUAAACUUUAUGAGUAUGCAAGAGGAAUUGAUGAUACGAGCUUGGUAAUCGAUACGAGUAACCCGGAAGCCUUACUUGGUAGGAAAUCUGUUUCUGUUGACGUGAAUUUCGGAAUCAGAUUUGAUACUGUCUCUGAAUUGGACGAUUUCUUGAUCCGUAUUGCAAAGGAACUUUAUUCAAGAUUAAUUUCCUUGGGUGUAUGUGGUUCUAACUUGACUCUUAAGCUUGCAAAGAGAGCACCUGGAGCAGCAGUCAACCCAGCAAAAUAUCUUGGAAUGGGUUAUUGUGACUUUGUAAAUAAGUCGUCCCAUUUGGGAGUUCCUACCAACGACUGGGGAAUAAUCGGCUCAGAAUUGAAGGCAUUAUAUCGUAUGGUAAAUGUUCCCGUUAAAGAAUUACGUGGAAUUUCAAUUUCCUUAACAAAAUUGAGGGAUGUCGAAAAUUUGAAAAGUUCAAAACAGAUGAAAUUGCCGUUUAAGAAGACGAAGGAGCUUGUUAGAACAGAAUUCGGAGCAUUCCUGAAAUUGAAACCUAUCGAUUCCAUACAAAUUGAAAGUGGAAGCAAACGCAAAUCAAACAUUGCUGAAGGAAAUGUCAAUAUAUCCGGGUAUCAUGAUUACUUCAACAAGGAAUCUGAAAUUGAUUGGGAAGUUCUUGAUGCACUACCAUGGGAUCUUCGAAGAGAAAUUCAGAAAGAGCUUGAACGAAGAGGAAUGAUACCAGUCAGUCCAAGCAAAGCCCCUCCUGGAACCAAAGCCUAUCUACAACAGUUGAUCCCAACACAAAUCGGCUCAACACCGAAAUACGUUAGAGUUUUUGAAAAACCUCAGCUAAAGUCUCCCAGAAAACGACAAAAAUUGCACUCAAAAUCGCCACUGCCCAAUAAGCAAGUCAUGGUUGGAGAAUCACAAUUUUACGAUUGCUCAGUGAUCAAUGAGCUUCCUUUAAAUAUAAAGGCGGAGGUCUUGAAAGAUAUGAAAUACAGGAAAAAAGUCAAAGAGUUUGACAUGACAGCACUUAAAGAUAAGGUUUCCAUGAAGUAUGAAAAAUCAAAGGCUAUGGUUGACGAGGUUUCCCUGGAAUGGAUAUCACAGCAAAGAACAAUUCUUCAACGACCAAAGUUUUUGAAUGAAAAAGUAUCGGUGCAUCAAGUCAAAUUACAGCUUGAUAAAUGGAUUCAGCUGUCCUUGAUUCAGAAAGGUCCACAUGUAGACGAUGUACAUGUUUUUGCUCUGUAUUUGAAAGAUCUAUCGAAACAGAAUGUAAAUUCAAGUAUGAUCCUUAUCAACCAUAUCUGGAAAGUCUUAAAGUACCAUGAAUCUAUAUUAGCAAUGUCAGUAUUGGUGGAAUCAGAUGAAGUUAUGUACAUGAAGGAAGGUAUCGCAGAGUGGAAGUCAUCAAUUGAUGUGCAUUUACUUCCAAUCGUGGACAGCGAUUUUGAUAUAUAG